GGCCAGUGUGUGAAUGGCUCAGGGUAGGAGUGGAGCGGAGCGGAGCGGAGCUUUGGUGAGCAGAAGCUGACGAUGUGCUCUCUCCCAGAGAGAUUGUUUCCUUAGAUGGGAGCCCUGACGUCAGGUUGCCUGCAAGCUGUACAGCUCGCACUUCCUCGGACGCUGCAGUCAGAACAGCUUGGCUUGGAGUGCGGAGCGGGGGAGAUCCCAGCGGAGCACACAAAUGGCCAAGAGUCAGGCGCCUCCCGAGACAAGAUAUGGAUUGAAGGUGUUGUAUCUUUUCACAUAUAACUUGAUACAGUUCUGUGGACACUCAUGGAUAUCCUCAAACAUAAUAGCCAGAUUCUUAACAUUUGGGGAAGACAGUCUUGUGGACACGUAUUACGCGAUAGGAGCUGUGAUGUGUUCCUGCCAAUUGAUCUCAAAUCUGGAGUUGAUCCAUCUAAUCAUGGGCAUUGAAUGCAGCCCGUUCCUUCCCCGAUUCUUACAGACGACUGAGAGGAACGUGAUCCUUUUUGUGGUUAUAGCUAGUCAAGAAGAGAUGCAAAACAAGCAUAUUGUUUGGGCCUUGUUUUUCCUCUGGAACACUCUGGAUGUAAUCAAGUACACAUAUAACAUGCUAACAAGCAUAGGAAGUGAUUUUCAUGUCUUGUCAUGGAUUUAUCAUUCCCUUUGGGUGCCACUUUAUCCUUCAGUAGUGCUGGCUGAAGUAAUUGCCAUUUAUCAGUCACUGCCCUAUUUUGAAUUUUAUGGAACCUACUCCUUUGAAUUACCUGGACCCAUUGGCAUUCCAGUGCAUUUUCCACAUGUAUUGCAGCUCUACUGUCUAAUCCUUGUUGCUGGUCUGUACAGCAGCUGUAAACAAUUCUAUGAAGAACGAAAGCAAUACUCUGGAAAAUACAGAAUUAAAGUACAUCACAAUUAAACGAAACAGAUUCAGAUAACCGUCCACAUUCAUCACAGGAAUCUACAAUGCUGCCGAAAAAUUGGGAGUAAUUGCUUCUGUCUGAAGAGUAUGAAUUUGCUCAUAUAACAUUUGAAUUACAAUUAAACUAAAUGUAAUGCAGAGCUCAAUGUAAGACAGCAUUACAUGCAAUGGGCUAAAUCUUAACUCCCAAAGAUGAAUGGGUUGCUGUCAAAUCGGAGGUUAAAGUUGAAAUAGCAUGAAACAAGAAGCCAACCCACCUUGAACCAGCACACUCCAGUUUCACCAGAAAGAAGAUGCAGUUUGGAUGACCAAUCUGCUCACAAAGGGCAGGGUGAUCAUUUAAAAUAAUAAGGCUGCCAGUGUGCAUUUUCAUAGCGACUUGUUUCAACCACGGAAUGCCAUAUUUUCCAGGUCACAAGAAACCCAAAAGUUGAAAGGAAGCAUUAAGGGAUAAAACCAUGAGGUAAAUUCCUUUACAGUACAGCUUGUGGGCCAGGAGGAGCAGGAAUGCUUCAAUAAGCAAACUAUUAUACCCCUGCCGCAUCUUCCCAGCUCCCCAAUCACUAUCUGCUUCACCUCACCAUCGAUUAGAUAGCUAAUCCUCCUCCUACUAGAAGCAAGAAACCUCUGACCAUCAUAUCUUUUCCACGAUUACUACUGGACACCCCAACCACCAAUAGAUCACCUCGGGGACCCCUCCUGUUUUCGUUCACACUCCACAGGUACAACCUGUGGCCAUUUUCAUCCGUGGGAUACUAGCAUCUUAAUCAGGCUGCCUGGGAGAAGGAACCUAACAAAGAAAUUAAAAGAGACAAAGCAGGAAAUUUGGGAAAAGCCUUCCUUCAGGUUUCCUGAUCUCAGAUGAGAUGUGAAGCCUGGAAGCAGGCCAAUGGACUAAAAUCCAAGCCAAAGCUUUUUAAAUAAUCUGAUCUUAAAGAAUCUGAAAUCUAACCAUUAGGUAUAACAUUAAAACUCUGAGAAUAUCAGCUCUACAUCAGCAAUCUGUUUCCAUAGUGCUCCUGAGACACUAAAUGCAAAAUUGUUUAGUGCGACUUUUGCAAGGUGCUGGUUGUAAUAAAGGCAACAGUAAAAUCUACAUGCAGUAGGAGUUAAUAGCAACUAAGUAUUUCUCAUAACUAGACAAAAUUGUUAAUUGAAUUGGAAAUAAUUUGUUUGCAUACACAUUGUUUGAAGAAUUUUGCUGUCCUAAACUGCAGCGAAGUGGUUUUUGAAUGCUUGCCUUUAUUUUUUGAAGGGAUUUUGGUUUAUUAUUCAACAGGAUCAGAAUUUACAUUUAACUCAUACAAGCUGUAAAUUCAGAUUCAACUCUGUCAAGGUGAACAGUAAGAUUCUAUCAAUCACACUGCCAUGGAAUGGUAUCUCACGCUACUUUUAUCCAGUUAUUUGGUAAUACCUGGUUAACUCAACAGUACUGAUAUUUAAUAUCAUUUCGCUGAACAUUUCAUGCUAAGUUCUCUGGACAUAUUUGUUGUCCUGGUCAGAGUUUGACUGGCUUUCAUUAGAAUGGGCAUAGUUAAGUAAUAGUAGGACAAUCCUUGAGGGCUCUACAUGCUACACAUACUGCUUUAAAGUCCACAAAAUGGUGGUUGCAACUUUGCCAGGUUUGGGGGAGGGUGUUGAAGCAAGAAGGAAAAAUUGAACUGGUCAUUGUGAGAUUAUUCACUUCAAAAAACACACACACCUUGUUAAAUUGAUUCAUUGAGUGGGUAUGGGAAGUAGUAUAAUUCCACAUCAAAAAUGAUAAAAACAGCUGGGAAUAGAGAACCAACAGACCUUACAGUGUGUGCAUUAGAACAGCUAGUCUGAGGCAUUUAGUUGCAUAUUCACACAGUAGUUGGGCACGAUCUUAUUUGCAUUGUUUGGCUCCUUCCUGACUUGGGGGGAGAGGUCUCCAUGCCUGUGUGGAUAUCUACACACACAAAGUUCUCUCCAAGUUGCUGGAAAUAUAGUUAUUUAGAAAAUGAGGAGGAGAAACAUUUUCCACACACACUGCCUACCAUCACCACUUCCCCAACAUUUAAACUGGUAAGAUGUUUUUUUAAAAAAAUGCUUUGAGGAUUCAGCUAACUUCCUCCUGAGCACUUGAUAUACAAAAUUUAAUACCACACGAAACUUGCACUCUGUACUACCACAUCCUGAUAUCCAUCAUGCAAUGUCACAAAAGACAACAUAAAAUCAGUAACAAUUUUUCUGUUUAGCCAAACUAAAAUAAAUGGUAAAAUGCCUCAGGGUAACAAAGUUUUUGGUUAAUUUUAUUUUCUCAUUUGCAACUACAUACCAGAGGUUAUUACUAACUCAUAGUAAUUUUUAUUGUAAGCGUGUAUUUGCUGUAUUUUCUUUUCAACUCAGUAGUUGUGCCUUGUAUUUUAUUUUUUUUUAAUCGCAGGUAAGAUAGAAGCCAGUAAAUAAAAUGUUUGUAUCAUUGAAUUUUUGACCUAAUGGAUACUUUCUCUAAUAUGUUACUCAGUGCAUUUAACAGAAUGCACAGUGAAUACUGAAGUGAUAAUAGUCUUGAAUAAGUCUUGCCAUCAUUGUGAUCUUCAAUCAACAUCAUGUUUUGUAAAGUAGUUCUUUUAUAGAAAUAUUGUUGUCUCUUAAUAAUGAAUGAAACUUAAACAUUUAAAUUAAUUUGUAUCCAUGACGAUAAUGUGUCAAACUUUUAACUUCUUACGAAUACAAAAACAACAAAAGCUACAGAUCCAUGCAAUCUUGGACUAAAGUUUGAAAAGAGGCUUUAACAAACUAGUUUCCUUUCUAUUAUGAUAGCUGAAUUCUUUAUGUUCACAUGUUUAAAGGGCCAUGACAAGAUCUCUAAGAUAAAAUGUACAGCAUAAAACUGCACAAUGUGCUUGUGUGGAUGAAAUUCAAUUACUCCUUGGACCACAGCUGUAGUUGUGUCUUUGACAGUUCAUAAGCACAGUCUGCAUUUCAAAAUGCAUUGUCAGGCUUAAGGGAAGACAUGUAGUUUUGGGUUUCAUCCGAGCUAAGAAUGGUAUGCAAUUUCCCUAAAAGUGAUCUUGCCAGGUGGGUGGGGAUGGGAGUGGGGAAGGGAACUGGCAUUGUAAAGGAUAAAGUGGUAACUGAUUAUGAAGAUGAGCAUGUUAGCUCCAAGUAAACACUGGGGGCUCCUGCCACAAACUCUGCCCACUAACCACCAAUUUCCUCCCUCUCCUGGCCACUGUUGAGGCGGAACCAGACAAGCUUAGAGCCACGUUGAACCACAAGAUGAAUUUUUGAUCACAUGUCUGCACUGAGUCUGUUAGUUUCACAACUCAGCUCUGCCUAUCUGCUAUUGAAAACCCUAAUUCACGUCUUUGCUCUUUCUGUUCCAAUGGACUCCUGGUCAGCUUCCUAUUUUCCACAAACAUAAGAU